CAAAGUUGAUUGUGCUUGUUGUUGGUUCAAGUGGAAAACUUCAGAAGAUGUCAGAGAAUGAGGUGUGUCCACAUUACUUCGCCAUCACUCAUUAGAUCACUAGUGGUGACACAGUGACAGAGAACUUUGUAGAUGGAGCAGCUAGACAAAAAUAACACUUUGCAUCUAUUGAAGUAGUGACAACAAGUGGUGAACAGAUCUAAAUGUUGGAAGUUUAAGUCAUCCUUGAAGAAAAAUAUUGCGAGUGGACACCUUCAUAAGGAAAAACGAAAUGAGCACCAAUCCGGUAAGUUUUUUUUGUAUUGUUCUUUUAAUAUUUAAAGAUUUGAAUGCCGAGAUAAGUCAGUUUUGUGUGACACAAAUAUUUCUUCAGCCUUCAAAUGGUAAUAUUCAGGAGAUAUUUCAUCAUAGAAUCCAUAUUUUUACAUUCCAUCAUUCGUUCUCUCUGUAGUCCUCUUUGGCAUCAGUUGAUCUUUAUUUUUUUAUCAGGCAUAAAGCAGUCUUCUAUUUCUGACCCUUUUCUAUUUCAACUGUAGAAGCUACCUCGUUACAUUUGGUUAAGGUGUCUGACUGCCAAAGGGACAUUUGUAGGAGUUUUUGACUUGGGCGUUCUGUCUCCAUACUUCAGCGGAUUUUCCUUGCAUGCUCCAACUUGUCAAAAUGUUAUGUUAAUUAAUUGUUCUAAAUCAUAUAUGUGGGUGAGUGUGAAUGAUUGUUGGUCUAUAAAUUAGCUGAAGACUCGAGGUAGAGAAUUAAUGGCUGGAUCAUACACCACCUUCAUAUGUUGUGGGUUUAUGUCAGGCUUCUUCAAUUGAACUGGCAUGUUUUUGAGUUUUACUUUGAAUUCUUCAGUGGGUGGCCGUUGACAAGAUGCGGUCAGAAGUGAGGCCUCAGUAUGUUCAGCAUUUGGCCCCAAUAUCACUGCCUGAAAUCACUGUUGCGGCUCCACAACGAAAAGAUUUCAAACAAAGGUGUGCGGAGUGUAUCGUGUUUGCUGUGAUCUGCGCACUGUACCUCAUGCUGCCAGCUGGCAUCCUCCUGGCCUAUUACUAUUCCUCCACAUGUAUGCAUGGAUUACCAUGCGGUGGUAAUACAGGCUGUGUGUGGAAGUCCCAGUGGUGCGAUGGGGUGCAGCACUGUCCAGCGGGCCAGGAUGAAGCUUACUGUGUGCGGCUUCAUGGCUCCAGUUUCUUACUUCAGAUUUUCUCAACUCAGACCAAACAAUGGAGGACAGUUUGUUCUCAUGGCUGGACAGCCCAACUGGCCCAAGCCAGCUGUCGGGAAAUUGGAUACAGCAGCACAAGCAUUAUAUCAGGUCUGCAAGAGGCCCAUUCUGAUGAUGGAUUCUUAAUGGUUAAACCUGAUCCGAAGCCCAAUGUCCCAAUAGUUCAACAGCUUGUUCUCAGCAAUUACUGCCCCAACAACACUGUGGUGACACUGCUAUGUACAGAUUGUACAGCUGGGGUCAACUACAGCAAGGCCUCUACAGCCCACCAGGCUGCUAUCAGGGGGUGGCCAUGGCAGGUGAGCCUACAGCUAGCUGGCUCUCACCGUUGUGGGGGGGCUGUUCUUUCCCCGUACUGGAUUGUGACAGCAGCCCACUGUGCAAUGAUGGCAUCCAGUCCUGGAGAUUGGUCGGUAUAUGCUGGCAUUGAGGAUCCUUUGGGCACUCUCUUUAACCCCGCUCACUCUGUGAGGCACGUAGUCACUCACGAAGGCUUUGACAGAGUCACUCACAAAAAUGACAUUGCUCUUAUGAGACUGAGCAAACCUCUUGAUUUCACAGCCUCAAGCAAUGUCCGUCCAGUGUGCCUCCCAAAUGUUGGUCUUAACAUCUCGCUCCCUCUUAGUGGCUGGACAACAGGGUAUGGUGUUUUAGCCAAUGGAGAUUAUCCAUAUCUGGUUGAGGCACAGGUCUCUGUCAUGGAUGCCGUUGAAUGCAACAGCUCAUCAGUUUACUAUGGAAAAAUAUCAACGGACAUGCUGUGCACCAAAGAGGUGCAGACUGGACAGGACGUAUGCAAAACUGACAGUGGUGGGCCUUUAGUGUUAGAGAUGGGCAACCUGUGGUGGCUUGUGGGAGACAAUAUUUGGCCAGAAAGUUGCACUGACCUGAACAAACCAGGUGUUUAUAGCAAUGUCACCUUUUUCUUGGGAUGGAUAUACCAUCAGAUGAAGGCAUCUAUGAAGACAGACCUGCUUGACACUGAAACAUCAAGACUGAAGGCAUGACCAUUUAUCGAGCAAGAUAUUGUUUCCUCUUGGAUUAAGUGUUUUUGUAUCAUUGCCAACUAAGACACUGGGAGUUAUUUCCAUAGUACUUUCUCAUUUUGUAUUGAAAAUAAUUUCAUCUUUGCAGUCUUUGUUUUACUAACAGGUGUGACAUGAAGUGAAUGAUACAUAUUCUAUUAAAGUUGAUAGUUAUCCCUAUUUUCUUAAAACAUAUUAAUCAAGUGAGCAGCCAUAAUCUUUAAAGCUGCUUAGUCCACAGUUCCAGUAGUUGCAAUACCCAGACAGAAGUUUUCUACAUAAGAUUCAGGUGCCAUCAAAGUAUAAUCAUAUUAAGUGGAAAUUGUUUCAUUGCUUUACAGCCCGUUAUGACACAUUGAGGGAAGGGUGAUGCUUUUUUCCCAACCAACUCCCUGCUAGAAAAAAAAUAUAACAACCCAGUGUGCUGUUUAGAACAGCACAAAACAUCACCAGAAUAUUCAGAUUACCCAAUGUGUUUAGUAGGAAGUAUUUAAUGUUUUUUUUUUUUUAAUGAAUUCCUAUGCUAGUUUCAUUACAGUGAACUCAAACUACAUUAAAAUCUUUAAUGUGGUCAUAAUUCCUUUAUUUGCAACAAUUACAUACAUUUGGAUUAUUUUUCAAGCAAGCGCACUUGGUUUUGGCUUUCCUCAGUUUCAUUCAUAAAUCAGUUGCUUGCAAUGGCCAUCUAUUCCGCUAGAUGGCAUUAAAUAACACGUUUGGCUUUUCAAAGAAUCAAAGCCAUGUUUCAGGGUCCUGCAGCUUUGAUUGAAUUGAACGCAUAAUAUUGCUUAAUUAUGAUAAUCAGCAUGUGCCAAAAUUCAGAAAUAACCUCACCUUCAAAUUUCAAUUUUACAGUGGAAAAUAGCCAAAAUUAUUAACAACAGAACAGCAUUGACAACAGAUUUGGACACCAAUUCAGGCUGUACAAGUGCAAACCAUAAUUGGUCUUAGAAACAAAGUAAUCUCACCCAUUUUGCAUCGUUUCAGGUCAAAAUGUAGAGGCACUCUUAUUUUUUGUACAAGCGACUGAACAAAAUGUCAAGUGCUGAACCCAGUUCAUUGUAAAUGGACUGGACAGCCUGCGUGGUGAAUCAGUACAUCCAAAAACAUUCGUUUCAUCCAAAAAGCAAAUGUUUUGGCGCAGCCCUGACACAUACUGCCAGAACAAUACAAUAACCCCUCGAUUGGAGUCCGUGUAAACAAGUAUGGACUGUAUGUGCAUAGUUGACUAGUGACAUUAUUGUAAAAAAAGUGCACAAUCUUAGUUAUGUUGUCUGAAGGCACUAUGAGCAAUGUAAACAUUUCAGUUUCAAUAAUCAUUAGAGAAGUGUCAGUAGUUGUCAGGUAUCCGUUGAACUUUUUUUAAGUAAGGUUGUAAAUGUUUUGUUCAAGAAAAACAUUGAUUGCUUGGUCCACAGCGCACUAUUAGAGUUCAAAUAAAAACAAGUUCACUUUGCACCGUUAACAGUGUCUUUUGAAUGUUUAUACGAAGGAUGGUCCUU